CCCCGCCUUCUCUUUGUAGGUAACUUAUUACAAGAGUUCGCGGGCGGAGUCGGUUACCGUAAGAGAAGAAAUAGUGUGCGGUACAAUAGGGAGAGCCGGGUACGACGCUGUCCUUUUACUAUUCUGUACAAGGGGACAGUUUGGGAAUCUGGUACCUAAGGCCAUUAGAGCACCUUAAUUGAAAAGCGAUAUUAAAAAGAGAAAAAAUAAUAUGUCGGCAAAUAAAGAUGGAGACGGUGGAUGGAAGAGCUUUCUGUGGAACUCGGAAAGGAAGGAAUUUCUAGGACGCACGGGUGGCAGUUGGUUUAAAAUCUUGUUGUUCUACCUGAUCUUCUAUGGAUGCUUGGCUGGGAUUUUCAUUGGGACCAUCCAGGCCCUGCUGCUAACCCUUAGUAACUACAAACCCACCUACCAGGACAGAGUCGCCCCACCAGGUCUAUCCCACACCCCACGCUCUGAAAAGUUUGAGAUCUCUUACAAUAUCAACGAUGUGGAGACGUAUCUGAAGUACACCACGAGCAUCAAGGAGUUCCUGGAGAUGUACGAUGAGGAGAGGCAGACCGACCUGAGCAAGUACGAAGACUGUGGAGAAUUACCUGCAUCGUACAAGGACCGUGGUGAGCUGGAGAGUGACGCUGGAGCGAGGAAGGCCUGCAGGUUCAAGCGUACCUGGCUGGGACCCUGUUCUGGUCUGGAUGGUCAUGAUGAAAACUUCGGCUUCAAGGAUGGGAAACCCUGCCUGAUCGCCAAGCUCAACAGGAUCAUCAACUUCAGACCAAGGCCUCCAACCAACAAUGCCUCCGUCCCUGAAGCCGGCCACAUCAGAGUCCAGACCAACGUCAUGCCCAUCCACUGUCAGAAGAAGAGAGAGGAGGAUGCCAACAAGAUUGGUGAGAUCAAGUACUAUGGCAUGGGUAUGGGGUUCCCCCUCCAGUACUACCCUUACUACGGAAAGCUGCUGCAUCCCAACUACCUGCAACCUCUGGUGGCCAUCCAGUUUACCAACCUCACCUUCAACGAGGAGCUGCGUCUUGAGUGCAAAGUGUAUGGAGCGAACAUUAACUACAGCGAGAAAGAUCGUUACCAAGGACGCUUUGACGUUAAGUUCACUAUCGCCAAUUCAUGACCUCAGCUAUGAAAAUAGCACUUUUCUCUGCCCCUAUUUCAAAACAAAUUGAUUUAGAGCAAUAAAGAAAAAUAGUUCAAUUUAAACACGACUAGUCUUGGAACAAACUUUCAUAAUAUACGGGACCUACAGUUAAUCUGUGUGCUUUAAACUGGCUUUUCUGCAUAAUGUCUAGGGUUAGAAUGUACAUUACACCGGCUUUUCUGCAUAAUGUCUAAGGUUAGAAUGUACAUUACACCGGCUUUUCUGCAUAAUGUCUAGGGUUAGAAUGUACAUUACACCGGCUUUUCUGCAUAAUGUCUAAGGUUAGAAUGUACAUUACACCGGCUUUUCUGCAUAAUGUCUAGGGUUAGAAUGUACAUUACACCGGCUUUUCUGCAUAAUGUCUAGGGUUAGAAUGUACAUUACACCGGCUUUUCUGCGUAAUGUCUAGGGUUAGAAUGUACAUUACACCGGCUUUUCUGCGUAAUGUCUAGGGUUAGAAUGUACAUUACACCGGCUUUUCUGCAUAAUGUCUAUAGUUGGAAUGUAAAUUACAGGAAGAGUAACAAUAGCAACAUAUUUAUUCUACUGUAAAUGAGAAGUCCUUGAGCCAUGGGACAUUCAUCUUUUACUGUAAAUAACAAUUCCACUACUGAUAUGUAGCGAGCAGUGUUUCUGUCUGUCCCCUAAGUAUUCUGCCUAAUGUGCUUUCUAUAUAUGUUUGGAGUAUCCAGUACAGUAGUGGCAUACAGUGGUCAUUUCCAAGCCAUGUUGUAAUUUCUCUUGUCUAUUGUCAGUAAGCUUUAGUGGUCCAAGGUGUGUGUGUCUUAAGUGUUUGUGUUUAUGUGUUAAGUGUGUUAGUUUUUUUAAUGUGAGUGUGUGGAUGUGUGUUAAUGUACUCUUACUAAAUGAAAUUACUGGCAUGGUACGCUCUGAUCUCUCUAGGUCUGUGUGAUCUCUCUCUAGGUUUGAGUGAUCUCUCUCUAGGUCUGAGUGAUCUCUCUCUAGGUCUGUGUGAUCUCUCUCUAGGUCUGUGUGAUCUCUCUAGGUCUGUGUGAUCUCUCUCUAGGUCUGUGUGAUCUCUCUCUAGGUCUGUGUGUGACUGAUCUCUCUAGGUCUGUGUGAUCUCUCUAGGUCUGUGUGAUCUCUCUAGGUCUGUGUGAUCUCUCUCUAGGUCUGUGUGAUCUCUCUCUAGGUCUGUGUGAUCUCUCUCUAGGUCUGUGUGAUCUCUCUAGGUCUGUGUGAUCUCUCUAGGUCUGUGUGAUCUCUCUCUAGGUCUGUGUGAUCUCUCUCUAGGUCUGUGUGAUCUCUCUAGGUCUGUGUGAUCUCUCUCUAGGUCUGUGUGAUCUCUCUAGGUCUGUGUGAUCUCUCUCUAGGUCUGUGUGAUCUCUCUCUAGGUCUGAGUGAUCUCUCUCUAGGUCUGUGUGAUCUCUCUCUAGGUCUGUGUGAUCUCUCUCUAGGUCUGUGUGAUCUCUCUCUAGGUCUGUGUGAUCUCUCUCUAGGUCUGAGUGAUCUCUCUCUAGGUCUGAGUGAUCUCUAAGUCUGUGUGAUCUCUCUCUAGGUCUGUGUGAUCUCUAGCUAGGUCUGUGUGAGCUCUCUCUAGGUCUGUCAGUAAAUAGCUGCACACCCUGGAAUGCUUUCCCUUCAUUUAUUUUUCAGUUGAUUGGGAGAAUAAUUUCUGUUUGAUGCUUCUCCAUUCACCACCACCUCUUCUUCUCUCUGUUUGAUGCUUCUCCUUUCACCACCACCUCUUCUUCUCUCUGUUUGAUGCUUCUCCUUUCACCACCACCUCCUCUUCCUCCUCUUCUCUCUGUAGUCUACAACUAGCUGUGUUAUGCGUGUCCAGCAAGGAAGACUAGCUUCCUUCCUCCUUCAUGGAAACACUGACAGCAACUCAGUGCUUUUAAAACAAACCGGAGACAUCACAUGACGUGGUGUAACUUUCUAAUUAAUGUUUUAACCAUUUUCAUGGUGGAAGAAUUAUAUAUUUAUGCGGUUGUACUUAUUUUUUUUUUUUUGCAGGAAAAAGUCUAAAUGUAUGAAUCCGAUACCAAAGUCGCUGGUCAAAAAGUUAGAAUAUCAGAAACAAUGCAGUACCCUGUGUAAUAGGAUGUUUUGUUGGUGUAAAAGUGAUUAAUGUUGAACAUCCGGACACUCGUCAGGAGUCCAUCUGGUCUUGUCAUUUAAUUGAAUCUGGGUAAGACCAGACAAAUAAAUUGAGAAAUGUA